GAUCCCAUUAUGUUUAAUGGGCUCGUUUAUUGAGGCCUGGCCCAUUUACAUCCAAAUGCCAUUGCUGCCAUUGUUGUGGUCCUUCGAGAAUGGACAGUUUUCGGUAUUUUGAACAAGUGGGAGUAGCCAACUCCACACAGAAGAAACAUACUGGUUGAUUGGUUAAGAAAGAAAGACGGCCAAUUGAGGAAGAGAGAGAGAGAGAGGAGAGGAGAGGUGUAUGGAAUCGAAAUGGAUGGCUGAUGUUGUGCACUCUGGAUUGAGAAGACGAAGAAAAAGAAGAAGAAGAUAUGAUGAUGAUGAUAUCGUUGGCGCCUAUUCCAGAGAACAAAACGAUAGAGAUAGAUGGAUCGAGAGAGCUCAAGAGAGAAAUAAAUUAAAUUUUUAAUUAAUUAAUUAAUUAUAUUGGAAGAAAAAUGGGGAAGAAGAAGAAAGAGGUGAUCCGUUUGGAGCACGAAUCAGUGAUUCCCGUUCUCAAGCACAAGCUCAUCACUUCCUUGUCUCAUCACUUUCAAGAUAAAUCUGACAGAGAUGAGUUUCUCAUGUUCUGUCAACGAGUGGAAUACACUAUUCGGGCUUGGUAUCUUCUGCAAUUUGAGGAUCUUAUGCAACUGUAUGCCUUGUUUGAACCUAUCCGCGGUGCUCACAAGUUGGAACAGCAAAACCUAACUCCUGAAGACAUUGAUGUUUUUGAGCAGAAAUUCAUGGCCUGCUUAUUCCAGGUGAUGGACAAGAGCAACUUCAAGAUAGCCACAGAUGAAGAGAUUGAUGUUGCACUUUCUGCUCAAUAUCGUCUAAAUCUUCCAAUUGUUGUUGAUGAAUCAAAGCUUGAUAAAAGGCUUUUGACAAGAUAUUUUGCCAAGCAUCCUCAUGAAAACCUUCCAUACUUUGCCGAUAAGUUCAUAGUCUUCCGACGCGGCUUUGGAAUUGAUCAUAUGACUGCCUACUUUAUCAAAGCAAAAAUAAACACCAUCAUUUCACGCGCGUGGAGAUGUUUUCUGAGAGUGACAGGGUUAAAAGGACUUUUCUUCAAAAAAUCAACGACACAAAGCAAUCUGACAGCUCCAGUUGAGAUCACUGUGGAUACAGAGCAAGAUGGCUUGUAUGUGGAGCGAAUCCGUAUAGAGAAGAUGAAACUAAGCCAUAUUUCUAAUCUACUGAGAAAGAUCACAAUCCAAGAACCAACUUUUGAAAGAAUUAUUGUUGUUUAUAGGCGAGCCGGCAGCAAGAAAGAAAUGGAACGGAAUAUAUAUGUGAAGCAUUUCAAGAACAUUCCAAUGGCUGAUAUGGAGAUAGUGCUUCCGGAGAAGAAAAAUCCAGGUUUAACUCCACUUGACUGGGUGAAGUUCCUUGUUUCUGCUCUGAUUGGAUUGGUUACUGUAAUCAGUUCACUUAGCAAUCCGAAAGCCAACAUCCGGGUCAUUAUGGCUAUUCUGUCCACAGUGAUUGGCUACUGUGUUAAAACAUACUUCACGUUUCAGAGUAACUUGGUUGCAUAUCAAAGCUUAAUCACCCAAUCUGUGUAUAACAAACAACUGGAUAGCGGAAGGGGAACCUUGCUUCAUCUGUGUGAUGAGGUGAUUCAACAAGAAGUAAAAGAGGUGAUCAUUUCAUUCUUCAUGUUGACGCAACGGGGCGAAGCAAGUAGAAAGGAGCUAGACCAGCACUGUGAGCAACUUAUCAAGGAAGAAUUCAAUGAGAGCUGUAACUUUGAUGUGGAUGAUGCAGUUCAGAAGUUGAAGAAGCUAGGACUCGUUACUCAAGAGAAAACUGGGAUAUAUAAAUGUGUAGAUUUGAAGGAUGCAAAUGACAUAAUCGGAACCACCACAGAGGAGGUUGUCCUCAAGGCUAAACAAGGCGGCAUUGAAUUGGAAAGACAAGAUCUUGGACAAGAUAAACUCUCCUCUCCCCAAGCAGUAUUAGAUUCCCUAGAGGAAUGUUACGAUAACCUUAUAUUUUAGCCCAAGAACGGUCCCCAACUGAACAGAGGCCAACCACUGGUCUCGCUAAGCUAAUGGACUCCGAUUCGAUUAACACCACCAUAGCUGAUAGCUCAUGAGUCAUGACUACAAUGGAGAGAAGUUUUAACUUUGGUGGAAGUGCAAUUUUGUAUGUGCUGAAGUAUUCAAUUUGAGGCUAGAUUAUGUAAAUUUUGAUUACCGCAGCUUGUAAGAGAAUUUCAGACACUUUUACAUGUAAUGAACGAUCUAACCACUUAAACGAUAGUCUUAUUGAUUCUCUCUCCAGAUACUUGACAAUAGACUAACGGAUUCUCUCUCUAGACUUAGGAUGUGAAGAAUCUCUCAAAGUCGGGAGUUAGAUUUUAAGCGGACACUUGACGAUAACCUAAACUUAGGAUGUAAAGAAUCUCUCUAAGGUUGGGCGUAAAAAAAACCCAUAUAUAUAACAUUUGAGGUCUGUUUUCAUGUGAAUGUCACAUGCAUUUAGUUAGUCUGAAAUAUAGAAUUACAUAUAUACACCACACAUGUGAGCAAUGCAGCUUUAGAUCGAGACCCUCACCAUCCAACCAUCAAGUCUUCGAAAACAAGAAAAAAAAAGUAUUUUAAAUUAACCAAUAUAAAUAAUUUGGCAUCUCUCCUCUCCUUAAUAAAACAUAAAUGCAGGUCACUUGACUUGCCUUGAAACCGUUGCCUUGCCAAACUUGCAUAGGUUAGCUUUGUUCACACAAGCAUGAAUCAAGAAACCAUGGCAUGAAAUAUAAAGAAUAAGGCUGCUG